AUGCAUUUCUGUAUAACUGGUGGUUCACACGGUCUUGGUGAAUCCCUGUCCAUCCACCUCCUACUGAAUAAUCAUAGAGUAACAAUAAUUGAUAAAGAUACUCCAUCAGUAAAGUGCACUUAUAUACAGCAUGAUUUCACUGAGUACUUAACCGUCCCUGUAUAUUGUGAUGUAUUAGUAAUAAACCAUGCCACGUUUAAUGGAUUUAUUCCAUUCUCUAAUAAUACGCAGGAGUAUGUGGAUGAUUACUUAAUGAUCAACUUAUUAUCACAUAUUCACUUAAUUAAACACUGUAAAUAUUCUAAACUUGUCCAUAUUAACAGUGUUUUAAGUAUAGUUUCAUUUCCAAAUGUAUCCUUAUACAGUGCAUCCAAAGGGUUCAUGCAUUCUUUUAUAGAAUCCAUAAGAAGAGAAGGUGUCCCUGUCCUGAGUGUAUACCCGUAUAAGAUAAAUACUUCACUGUUUAAGGAUGUACACUCUCCUUACGUCCUGGAUAAAGACAAGAUAUCCAAAAGUAUUUAUACUUCUAUUAUACAUAAUCAUACGCACUUAUAUUUACCACGUAUUUUCAAGUAUUCUUAUAUUUAUACGGUCCUUCCAUUUUUUAUUCAGAAUUGGGUUAUUUCUUUAUUAUACUAUGCAAUGUGUAAUGAUACCACCAUACAGACAUAACCCGAAACCAGCACUAUGACUCUGUCAAAUAAUAGGCUGGGAUUAUAACUCAGUAAAUUUUGGGUUAUGAUUACUAGUUGUUUUCUUAGGAAAGGCAUUCUUAAAUUUGACCUUUAUUUAAUUCGUAUACGUAUUUAUAGACCGUAUAAUCAAUUUAAUUUAUGUUGGCGUAUUCGGGUUAACAACAAUUUCUUAUUUAAUUUGUGCUACACAAUGCUGGUCUUAGCAUACAACAAUAUUUAUUCCCUAUAAUUACUUACAAAAACAAACGAGUAGACCAAUAGUGAUUUUAUUGAGUUUUUAAUAAUUCCA